UUGAACAGCUGCUCCAUUUUCCGAAGCGCACACUAACGCACUGUAGAGAGAAAUCUCCCAAUCCGCCAAAAUAGAUUCCGAUCGGAAGAGGAAGCCGUCGGCGGAUCGCGCCGACCGCCACCAUAAGCACAAGCACAGCGCCUCUAAAAAGUCCAAGAUGUCCUCGUCGGAGAAGGUCAAGGCUUCGCACAUCCUCAUCAAGCACCAGGGCUCCCGCCGCAAGUCCUCCUGGAAGGACCCCGACGGCAUCCUCAUCUCCGCCACCACCCGUGACCAAGCCGCUUCCCAGCUCGAGGACCUCCGCCGAGACAUCCUUGCCGGCGACGUUUCCUUCAAGGAACUCGCCACCAAGCACUCUCACUGCAGCUCCGCCAAGCGCGGCGGCGAUCUCGGCUCAUUUGGAAGGGGUCAAAUGCAAAAGCCUUUCGAAGAAGCAACAUUUAGUCUUAAGGUGGGAGAGAUAAGUGAGAUCGUGGACACUGACAGUGGAGUUCAUAUCAUCAUGAGAACAGCCUAAUUCUUUGCAUUUACCAACCAAAUUUGUGUGCCAUUCCAGUUUGAAUUGAAGCAUAUAACCAGAUUUUUGAGCUUCUCAUUCUGAUUCUAUUAGUAUUUCAUAAUAUACUUACAAUCAAUCAAUCACUCACAUGUUUGGGAUAUAGUAGUAGUAGUAGUAUAUUGUUUGCUUCGUUUCA